UCAGUCUUCACUUCAUUUUCUUCUUCUACCCAAAAUCUGAUUUCAGAACAACAACGUUGUAAUGCAAAACAUUUUCAAAAUCAAACACUUUUCUUGUUCCAUUCUAUGUUGUCCCCUUCAACAAAACCCUUCACAUCUUCACUUCAAACCUCAUUCAAACGUGGAUUCAUUCCAACUCCAAAUUCAAUCAACACCUUCUUCCAUUUCCUCUUCAAUCUUCGCAAAUUCAACCUAAUCAUCAACCUUUUCAAUCAAUUCACCACAAACAAAUUCCCAACAACUCACAAAACCCACAAAAUCUUCACAUGGGCACUUCUCAAUUCUCAUCAUUUCGAACAAGCAGAACGAUUCAUGAAGAAAAAUCCUCACACCCCAUUUGGCGCGUGGGACGCGCUUAUACGUGGUUUAUGCUUCACGCGCCAAGACCCAGAAAGAGUUCUCUCUGUUUUGCAACAUUGUUUGGUAAAAAAUAGUGUUUUUUUAUCUUCUUCUGUUUUUUGUAGCGUAAUUCAAAAUUUUUGCUAUUUGGGUCAUGUGGGUAAGGCUAUUGAGGUUCUUGAAUUGAUGGAUGCGUAUAGAAAUGUGUACCCUUUUGAUGAUUUUGUUUGUAGUUCAGUUAUUUCGACUUUUUGUAGGAUCGGAAAACCAGAACUUUCGAUGUGGUUUUUCGAUAAUGUCACACGGUUGAGGAGCACGUGGCGGCCGAAUUUGAUAACUUGUACUGCUAUUGUGAAUGCUCUUUGUAAGAUGGGGAGGGUUGAUGAAGUUUGUGAUUUGGUUCGGAAGAUGGAGGAAGAUGGAUUGGGUUUGGAUGUUGUUUUGUAUAGUGUUUGGGUUUGUGGGUAUAUUGAAGAAAAGGUUUUGGUUGAGGUUUUUAGGAGGAUGAGAGAAAUGGUGAAAAAGGGUAUAAAUCAUGAUUUUGUUAGUUAUACUAUACUUAUUGAUGGUUUUUCUAAGUUAGGUGAUGUUGAAAAGUCUUUUACUUUCUUAGCUAAGAUGAUUAAAGAAGGGAUUAGACCUAAUAAGGUUACUUAUACUGCAAUUAUGUCUGCAUAUUGUAAGAAGGGUAAAGCAGAGGAAGCAUUUGGUGUUUUCGAAAGGAUGAAAGAUAUGGGAAUUGAGUUGGAUGAAUUUGUGUUUGUGGUUUUGAUUGAUGGGUUUGGAAGGAUAGGAGAUUUUGAUCGCGUAUUUCAAUUGUUUGAUGACAUGGAGAAGAGAGGGAUACAUCCUAGUGUUGUUACGUAUAAUGCUGUUGUAAAUGGUUUGUCAAAGUAUGGGAGGACAAAAGAGGCAGAUGAGUUUGCGAAAAACAUGACUGCGGAUGUGAUUACCUACAGUACGUUGUUGCAUGGGUAUACCGAAGAAGAGAAUGUUUUGGGGAUUUUGCAAACGAAGAAGCGGUUGGAAGAUGCUGAUAUCUCCAUGGAUGUUGUAAUGUGUAAUGUGCUGAUUAGAGCAUUGUUUAUGAUGGGGGCUUUUGAAGAUGUUUAUGCACUUUACAAAAGAAUGCUGGAAAUGGAUCUGGUUCCGAAUUUGAUUACUUACUGCACAAUGAUUGAUGGCUAUUGCAAGGUUGGUAGAAUCGAUGAGGCACUUGAGGUAUUUGAUGAUUUCAGAAAGACAUCAAUCUCUUCAUAUGAAUGCUACAAUAGUAUUAUUAAUGGCCUUUGCAAGAAGGGUAUGGUAGAAAUGGCCAUUGAAGUAUUUCUUGAACUUGACCGCAAUGGUCUCGUGUUGGAUACAGGUACAUAUAGGUUGUUAAUGAAGACAAUAUUCAAAGAAAGUAGUUCGAAAUUGGUCUUAGAUUUACUUUGCAAAAUGGAAGGUUUGGGGCCAGAUAUAUAUAAUGCAGUAUGUAAUGAUUCCAUAUUUUUAUUAUGUAAAAGAGGAUUGCUCGAUGAUGCAAAUCAAUUAUGUACAGCGAUGAAAAAGAACGGGUUAACUGUCACAUGCAAGUCUUAUUAUUCACUUUUGAGAAGGCUUCUUUGUGUUGUUGGGAAUAGGGAUCAAAUUCUUCCCCUUUUGAAUAGCUUUCUGAAAGAGUACGGUCUAAUCGAACCAAAGGUUCAAAAGAUUCUUGCACGAUACCUUUGUCUGAAAGAUGUCGAUAGUGCCCUUCGAUUUCUUGGAAAAACUGUGGACAAUUCUUCAGCAGUCACUUUUCCUGUCUCCAUUCUCAAGAUUCUCAUAAAGGAGGGUAGAGCUUUAGAUGCAUAUAAGCUUCUCAUGGGGGUGCAGGAUAAUUUACUGGUCAUGUAUGUCGAUUAUGCCGUUGUGGUUCAUGGCUUAUGCAAGGGAGGAUAUCUCAAUAAAGCAUUGGAUCUUUGUGCCUUUAUCGAAAAUAAAGGGAAGGAUUUGAACAUAGUCGUAUAUAAUUCAAUAAUAAAUGGAUUGUGCCAUGAGGGUUGUCUUAUUGAAGCAUUUAGGCUAUUUGAUUCUUUAGAGAAACUUAAUUUGAUGACCUCUGAAAUAGCUUAUGCCACAUUAAUUUAUGCUCUAUGUAGGGAGGGAUAUUUAGAAGACGCAGAACAUGUUUUCACAAAAAUGGUCAUCAAUGGAUUUCAACCAAAAACACAAGUUUACAAUUCAUUACUCGAUGCUAUAUCUAAGUUUGGACAAUUAGAGAAGGCAUUUGAGCUUCUGUAUGAUAUGGAGAAAAAAUAUGUCGAGUUUGACAAUAUGACAGUUAGCGCUGUAAUAAAUUGCUAUUGCCAGAAAGGUGACAUGGAAGGUGCCCUCGAAUUCUAUUACAAGUUCAAGGGUAAGGAUAUAUUACCAGAUUUUUUGGGGUUCUUGUAUUUGAUUAGAGGUCUAUGUACCAAGGGAAGGAUGGAAGAAUCCAGGAGUGUCUUGAGAGAAAUGCUCCAGUCCAAGAAUGUUGCCGAGAUGAUUAACAUAGUCAACAGCGAGGUUGAUACCGAGUCAAUAUGUGAUUUUCUUGCCACUUUGUGUGAACAAGGAAGUAUAAAAGAAGCUGUUACAGUUCUCAAUGAAAUUGCAUGUAUGUUUUUUCCUGUUCAAAGGUUGUCUACUUCUAAUCAAAGAUCUGAUAAACCACAGAAGAUGUAUGAAUCGAAGGAUUUUGGUUCAAAAUCUUCUACGUCUCUACCUUCAUCUUGCAAAAGCGAUUUAGAUUUUGAAUCUUGUGAUACUAGGGAUGUAAGGAAUCAUAUGACAAAUAAGGAUAGUCAUUUGAAAAGAUCACGAUUGCGUGGCUUUGAUUUCUAUUAUUCUAGAAUUGCUGCACUUUGUACCAAAGGGGAAGUGCAGGAAGCUAAUCAAUUAGCAAAGGAAAUGCUUUCUGACCUGAUAGAUCCUAUGAACUGAAACAUUUGGAAUACAAAUUAAAGGCUUUCAUUUAACACGGAACAUCUCUCUUGGUAGUGCCAGCAAAAGGAGCACACGGAUGAAUUCCGCAGUUGGUGAUUUGAUCUCAUACCUUCCAUAAUCUCUUAUCUCGUAUCGGGGAGACAGUGGUUGGCCUCUAAAAUAGAAGCAGCGACAGCUAACUAUGGCUGAGGAAGCAAACAGGAAAAGCUUUGUGGUGGCUGCUUGCCUGCGGCAGAGAAGAGGCAUGGAAGAGCCAGCUGCGUGUAAAACGUUGAGCAAAUUAAAGGAACAACAGGUUUUAGUUCUUACAUCAUUGUGGUGUGUUGCCAAGUUAUAUAUUAUUGUUUUUGCUGUUGUUUGUUUUGUGAGUGAUAAUAUUCUUGAUGGUUUGGGUGAAUAAUUUUAGGGUGAUGGGAGUUAGGCAAUGUUGUCAAAUAGUGACGCUGUAGCUAUAGCAUAGCAAAUUUGAACAAAUCACUAUUGUUUAGAAAUACACUAUUUAGUGCAAGUGUUGUCAAAAUAGCGGCUCUAUAGCACUGUCGCGUAGCAGAAUUUGAACAUACCACAAUUUCCGAUGAUCUGCGAUUGACAACACUUGAGUUAGGGACUGUCACUCUUGGUUAGUGAUUUUGGUGGGAAUUUUUUUACUAAUGUGUUAGAAAAGGAAAACAUUUAUUUCUAAGCUAUCUAAAUGUAUCAUCUGACCAAUUCUAAUUAACAUCAUUAUUUUCUCCUUUCUGUUGAAUGCAAUCUAUAAAUGGGUUGAGUCAAAACUAUAUAUCAUAUUUUUUUGUUUCGAUUUACUUUACAUAGGGUAGGAAAGGAAAUAUAAUAGACAAAACUUUGGUUGUGAAAGGCGAGGGAUAUUAUAUUGAAUAUGGGAAGUGCCCCAAGGGGUACCCUGUUUUGUAAACGGAGGACCACGUACUACUCUUGAGCAUCACACAUGUGCGCACUGCCGCCGUCUGGCCGGCUUGGUUCGGUUCCACGUUUGAUCCAAUCUGUUUUAAGUUAUCAGAAGAUAGAAAAUUGUAUUUGAUGUUUUUGGAAUACUGUUUUAAUGAUAGAAAGGAAAUAAAUUAAUUGAUAAUCAUUAUAAUUAGUUAUUAUGGCGUAUAUCUAUGCAGGGGAUGGAAAAUCAGAAGACCAAAUUUUAACGGCUUUAAGGAUUCCGUUGCAAUUUUGAUCAUGUUUUUUUAUCUAAGCAGUUAAUGCACAUCAACCAGGUACUAUCUGUUUGGAUGUACCAAAUUUUCAUCAAGAAUUUACCAAACAGCCACCAAAAGUACAUGCUAAUGUUUCAUUAUAGUAUCUUGUGUUGUUAUGAUGUUUGCAAACUCUUAUACUCCAUUGUGUAACUUUGGAUGUAAAUUUAGAUGGUUAUUGCAUUUUUAGUUAUGCAAUUCUUCAGAAGUUUUGAAUGUAUGUAGUAUGUAACAAAAUGUGUAUUAGGAAAUUGUUAAGGGACUUUUUGGACUAGGUUUUGUCGUUUUGAGAGAAGAAAAUGAUUUUAGAAAAGGGUAGUCAUAGUUUCUUCUCUAGUUUUUUUUUUCUUCCUUUGUUCAUCUUGUCAGAAGCAUAGCUCCAUGCCAUUGUCAUCCUUCUUUCAUUUUGUUGUAUUCUCAAUUUCAAUGUCAAUAUCAAAUUGUGGUUCAUAUUCAUA